UAAACAUUUCUUGCAUCUUCUCGAUCUUUGCCGCCAUUCUUUUUCCGAGGUCCUGGAUCAUCUUCACUAUCGUUAUUCUGAAUUCUUUUUCUGGAAGGUUGCCUAUCUCCACUUCAUUUAGUUGUUUUUCUGGGGUUUUAUCUUGUUCCUUCAUCUGGUACAUAGCCCUCUGUCUUUUCAUCUUGUCUGUCUAUCUGUGAAUAUGUUUUUUGUUCCACAGGCUGCAGGCCUGUAGUUCUUGCCUCUGCUGUCUGCCCUCUGGUGGAUGAGGCUAUCUAAGAGGCUUGUGCAAGUUUCCUGAUGGGAGGGACUGGUGGUGGGUAGAGCUGACUGUUGCUCUGUUGGGCAGAGCUCAGCAAAACUUUAAUGUGAUUGACUGCUGAUGGGUGGGGCUGGAUUCCCUCCCUGUUGGUUGUUUGGCCAGAGGCAACCCAACAUUGGAGCCUACCUGGGUUAUUUGGUGGGGCUAAUGGUGGACUCUGGGAGGGCUCACACCAAGGAGUACUACCCAGAACUUCCGCUGCCACUGUCCUUGUCCCCACGGUGAGCCACAGCCACCCCUGCCUCUGCAGGAGACCCUCCAACACUAGCAGGAAUUCCUCCAACCGUUGCCAGACCCCCAGGUUGGGAAGCCUGACGUGGGGCUCAGAACCUUCACUCCAGCGGGUGGACUUCUGUGGUAUAAGUGUUCUCCAGUCUGAGAAGAGAGCAUUGACCUUUCCUUCAUCAGGCCAAAGAUGCCUUUCUUUGGGAGUACAUUCAGUCCGAAGAAGACGCCCCCUCGGAAGUCUGCGUCUCUCUCCAACCUGCAUAAUGUGAGUGUCAGCAUGGGGCUCGACCUGGUGUGCAGUGUGACUGGAGCAUCGAGCCUGGUUUCUUAUGGAAAGUGUGGUCCUCCAGAGUUAGAUCGGUCGACCCGGGAGGUGGAGCUGGGCCUUGACUAUGGAACGCCCACUAUGAACCUGGCCGGGCAGAGCCUGAAGUUUGAAAACGGGCAGUGGAUAGCAGAGACAGGGGUUAGUGGAGGUGUGGACCGGAGGGAGGCCCAGCGCCUCCGGAGGCGGAACCAGCAGCUGGAGGAAGAGAACAAUCUCUUGCGGCUGAAGGUGGACAUCCUGCUGGACAUGCUCUCUGAGACCACUGCUGAAUCCCACUUAAUGGAGAAGGAGCUGGAUGAACUGAAGAGUGUCAGCCGGCGGAGAAAAUGAAGACCCCAAAGCCACCCGUCAGGUGCACACGGGGAAACCCUUCGUCAGAAGAGGAGGAUGUGGCUGAGGGAAUUUUUAACCAAACUAGUGGAUUAGGUCCUGGGAGAGAGUAUCAUAUAACGGGGCCAAAAGGCACUGGCCCCCUUAGGUUGGCAGUAGGAAGGUGACAACGUGGUGGAUUCCAGGCCAGUCCUGUGCUUCACAGCACAGGGAGGCCUCCUCAGGGAGGUCUGGGGUGACGGAGGCCUUUGGUGUCCUCCAGUUACUUAACACACCAACGCCCGUGGCCCAGGCUCACGCUUAUCGGGCGGAGUUCGUCGUAUCAUCCCCUCACACUGUUGUGUGUGGUGUGGCAUCAGGUGUACAGAGCCUUGUUGUUAGGGGUCUCAGGUAAGAAGGUCUCCUGGUUCUCUGCCCUUCAGGCCACUCUCUCCCUCCUUUAAAGAAUACUUGUUCCCCAAAUCCACAGCCUCCUCUGGCGUCAGCUCCUCAGCAGCAAGCACCGCCCUCCCACGGCAACGCUAUAUUUUUGUGCUACUUUCCUGUCUACCCUACUUUUUUAAAUUAAAUGAUGUUCUAUAAUCUC